AUAAACUGCUGUGACUUCAUUUCUGUGAGCCUAUGAUUGGGGGUGUGAUACCCGAAACGCGUUAAUGAAAGUUUUUUUGUGGCUUUUUACCCCCCCGGAGUGCUGCUCAGCAAUCGUUUUUCUGUCGUACAGAGGGGAAUGUCGAGAGGGGUGCAUCAGGGGAAUGCCGCAACGCACUAAGUUUAAUUAAACCAUAUUGGCCAUGGAUCUGGUCUCUGUACUUCUGGCUGUUGUCAUUUGCUUUUUCAUUUUUAAAGUCUUCUAUGGCGGGAAAAAUGCAUUCCAAAACUUCCCUCCUGGGCCCAAACCAUUACCGAUCAUUGGAAAUUUUCACAUGAUAAAUAUGAAGAAACCUUAUCUAACAUUUAUGGAGCUGGCUGAGAAGUACGGCCCGGUAUUCAGCAUUCAGCUUGGCACAGAGAAAGUUGUUGUGCUUUACGGCGCUGACGCAGUGAAAGACGCUCUUAUCAACCAUGGCGAUGAGUUUUCAGGGAGGCCCACCAUUCCGGUAUUUGAUAGGAUUUCUAAGGGACACGGUCUUUUUUUUGCUAAUGGUGAGAACUGGAAAGUGAUGAGAAGAUUCACUCUUUCUACACUAAGAGACUUUGGGAUGGGCAAGAAAACCAUAGAAGACAGAAUCUGUGAAGAAAGUGACUUUUUAAUGGAAACGUUCAAGUCCUAUAAAGGGAAGCCAUUUGAUAACACCAUGAUAAUGAAUGCGGCUGUAGCCAACAUCAUUGUGCACAUACUGCUCAACCACCGCUUUGACUAUCAGGAUCCAACGCUGCUCAAGCUUAUAAAUACAAUCAGUGAGAAUGUCAGGAUUGCUGGAAAACCAAUGGUUGUGCUAUAUAAUGCCUAUCCGUCCAUUAUGCAAUGGUUUCCCGGAAUUCACAAAAGUGUCGCUGAGAGCAUAUUACAAUUCUACGACUUUCUUAGAGAGACAUUUACCCAACACAGGGAUCAACUGGAUGUAAAUGACCAGAGGGAUCUCAUCGAUGUAUUUCUUGUCAAGCAACAAGAGGAGAAAUCUUCUUCUACAAAGUUCUUUAAUGACCACAAUCUGACGGCACUUGUAGCCGAUUUAUUCGGUGCUGGAAUGGAGACGACUUCUACCACUCUUCGCUGGGGCCUCUUGUUCAUGAUGAAAUAUCCAGACAUUCAAAAAAAAGUCCAAGAUGAAAUUGACAGAGUGAUUGGAUCGGCGCAACCUCGGCUCGAACACCGGAAGACAAUGCCCUAUACUGAUGCCGUUAUUCAUGAGAUUCAGAGAUUAGGAAACCUUGCACCUUUUAUUGGCCAUGAAACAACUACGGACGUCACAUUCAGGGGUUAUUUCAUUCCAAAGGGAACCCAAGCGAUAGUACUGCUGGCAUCUGUUCUCCAAGAUAAAGAUUAUUUCAAAAAACCAGAAGAAUUUUAUCCGGAACAUUUCCUUGACUCAGAAGGAAAUUUUGUGAAAAAUGAGGCCUUCCUUCCCUUCUCAGCAGGUCGAAGAAUGUGCGUUGGCGAGACGUUGGCCAAGAUGGAACUCUUCUUGUUCUUCACAAAGUUACUGCAGAACUUCACAUUCCAACCCCCUCCUGGAGUUGAGGUUGACCUGACCUGUGGAGAUGCAGUUACAUCCAAACCGCUGGACCAUCAGAUCUGUGCUUUGCCUCGCAGCUAGAACAAAAAUCUGCCCACAUCACGAAUAAAAUCAAGCUUCUUAUUAAAAAAAAAAUAAACAUAAAGAGCUAUUGUAAUCUAAUCAAGGACAAAACCUAAAAUUCCAGGUUAGAGGGGUACAUACAGGCACAAAUGACAAAGGACCUUAACGUGUGAGUUUAGGGAUCUGUGAUCCAAGUGUAAGGAAGGGUCCUACAGGGUCAUUAUUUAACUUGUUACGUUUAACAUUACAAAGGCAGUGGAAGCUUGGGGAACUAAAUGCUAAAGUCUUGGGGUAGGAAAGAAGGUUUUGGGUUUCUAGAGCACUGGGCUAAUUUUGGGGUACAGUCUAUAUAGCCAUGAUGGAUUGCACCUCAAUGGAAAUAGGUAUCCUGUGCUAGGAGAUAGGUUGGCAGAGACUUGGGGAGUGUUGUAACUGGGCAAGAAAGGAGCGGGAGAGCUAAAGCAUUAUGGGAAAGCCAGACUACGUAUGGUCCUGGGAUUAGACUAGAGACAUGGGGGAGGAGAAAGGGGGGUGAAAAAGUAAGGAGAUCCUACUGUUGAAAAUAAAUUGUCUUACACAAUUAAAUAUUCAUAUUAUUCUCAAAUGAAAAUUGUAAAGAUCAAAUAAAAAAGUAGUAACCUUU